GCGCUGAUCUGAGCAGAGGCAAGAAAAUCUCAGUUGUUUCGGAAAAUUGAAAGCGUUCGCUAGUGUUUAGAGCGCAAAGUGUGCGGUUUUGUGCGAAAGAAAGGUUUUGCCGAGUUUUAACGGGGACGUAGACGAAGACGACGUCGUCGGUGGUAAACGGUGGGUAAACAGUGAACGCCAGUGCAUGUGUAAAGCGGCGUCGAUGCAAUAUAAGCAAUAGUAACAAUAAGAAUAAAUUAAAAGAGUAUUGUGUGUAUGUACAUGUGCAUUAGUGAGGAGCAAGAACUGUAGCGGACGUACACAAUUGGAUAAACGCAUGCAUAUAUGUAUGUAUGUCUGCUUGUGUCUCUCGUUGGUCGCGACGGUUUGUGUGCGUGCGUCCAAACAUUUUUUCGUGUUGAUUUUUCUUAGGAUCCAUUUCGUCGAAUUUCUGCAUGAGAUUUCUCUUUCAAGCAAUUGAUUAAAUGUGAAUUGUCGCCAGACAAAAGUUUUGAAAAUAAAAUAUCUGGCUAGAACGUGUGUGAAUUUUGGUUUUUUAGAUACAACAGCUUUACCAAUCACAUGCAGUAAUUGGCACCAGCUGGAGCUGCAUUUUUUGUGUAUAAUUAAAUGCGUGCGCUAAACAGGAUUCUAAUGAAAAACAUAUAUUUUCUCAAUAGAAAGUUAUGACAAGUAUCCAAAAAAUGAAUUUGUGUUGAAAAUGCAGCUAGUGAUUGUGAAAUCGUACGCAACUUGAAGCAGUGAGAGUGCCCAAAAUUGUAUUAAAAAGGAGUAAAUGGAAAAUAAGUGCAUAACAGUGAAUAAGAAUACUUCUAAAUCUAAAUAAAUAAUGUUGGUAUAAAAUAUUUCAAGCAAAAUCAAAAGAAAUAAAGGAACGAAAAGCCUCACAAAUAUCCUGAUUAGAUUUUGGUAAUAAACAACACGAAGAAUACCUAAAUGUGCAAACUGUCGAGAAGACGUAAACAAUAGCACGUCUACACAACAAACCAACGCAAACUGCACACGCUGCUUACUAACUGCUUGCAAAUUACAACAACCACACUUCAAAUGACACGGUGAAGAGCUAGAAUAAAAAGGAUUUGCAAAUAAAAUAUUGAAAAUCAAAUGCAAAUUGUAAAUUUCACCGAACAAAUAGAGCAAAACGCAGAAAAAAGCAGGGAAAGCCAGCGAAAGACUGCGCCAAUCAGCGGUGGAAAAUACGAAAUGCGUCGGAAAAAUAUCUAAAUAAAAGCAAUUUUCAAUGGAAAAUACGUAAAUGCGAAGUGGGAACCCCGUUAAAAGCACACAAAUCGCAUUGCCUUGCAGUGAGUGAAGUCAAAGCGAAAAGUGUAAAAAAUAAUUGGCAGUGGAUAAAAAAGUGUCAAAUGCGAAGCCAAAAUAAAAAGUGACGAGCAAAACGACGAGCGAAUGCACAACGUGAAGUGCAAAGCGAAUGUACGACAGUGACGGGUGUUACGCGGGGAGCGAAAUAGUGGCUUGUGGCUGCGACGGUUGAUCGGGUUGAUACGUUGCGGAAAAUCCUUUGUUUUCACCUUGGCUUUCCGGCCAAAGCUGGCAACUACACAGGCGCACAAAAAUAAAAAAAAAAUAAAUUGAAAUCAUAAGCUCUCGACAAAUUCAAAUACGGUACAACCGAUGUGUGUCCUCCGCCUCAUAUGCGCCAUCUAAAUACGUAAACGCGCGUAAGAACGAAAUCGAAUACUCGCAUGCCUUUUAUGGAAAUACCCGCCGACUAGCUUAACAAUAACAAUAACAACUGGCAAUCUGCGCCGCGAAACGUGCGGAAAAUUUCGUUGCUGCACAUUGCCAACCGAAAGGCAUACCUAGCGAAAAAACCCACUGUAACCGCGACCGAACGGCUGCCGGUAAACGCCACACUACAAUCCCGAUUUCAUGAUUUUACGCCACACAGCAGACGCAACCGUUUAAGGCUCACUGCCUAGUCGCCUGCCGUGUGUCGCUGCGUUUGUGUGGCUGCGGUAUUUUCGGUGCGUCGUCGCCGUCGUGUUUGUUGUGGAAAUUUGGCAAUUUCACAGGCGCAACGGUGCGCACUUUAGCCUUGAAACCGCAUAGCACACAAUCGGGCGUUCGGCAUUUCACAUACCCGUACGUAUAAAGAACGCUUGAAUCGCAUUGAAUAGUGCAGUCGGUUUAAGGUCGCUUAACUGUUGGCGUUUACCAGCAAACAAUCGCAUUAAAAUUUACGUACUCAACGUUUGUAACGGAUUGCUGUAAUCAACGGCGUAUCGCGCCUCUACCAUUCAAUUGAAUCUUGGCAGGCGAAGUAACUAAGUUUUACAGUGUGUCGCGGUGUUUCCGCUGUGCCCUCUAACGCGUCGCGGUAAAACGUGUUGAUGAACUGCAAUUUAGUAUUAACGCUCAAAUACUUUUCUGUUGUUGCUGUUGUUAAACAAUAAUGUCAUCAAAAUGUGGAUUAAACCUGAUUUUCGUGUCGAUCAUUUUCAUUAUCAUCGUAAAUGGCUACGCAAAAGACAUUUCCGGAAUUGAAAGAGAUCAUCGUCGACUCAACGAAUACAUAUCGCACUAUGAAGUACUCAACUAUGAUCAUGAACACAUCCGAACUAGUCACAAUAGAGCGAGACGAUCCGUGACCAAAGAUCAUCAUGUAGAUUUAAAAUUUUCAGCACACGGAAGACACUUCCAUCUUAGGCUAAAGCGUGAUUUAAAUACAUUUAGUGAUAAGUUAGAGUUUUAUGAUAGCAACAAUCUCCCCCUGGAUGUGUCCACCGAUCACAUCUAUGAGGGCGAAGUGAUAGGGGAUCGUAAUAGUUAUGUAUUUGGUUCCAUACUGGACGGGGUAUUCGAGGGUAAAAUAAUAACAGAACGUGAUGCCUAUUAUGUCGAACAUGCCAAACGAUAUUUUCCAACAACAACAAAUGCAACAACAGCAGCUGCGGAUGGCGCACAAAUGCCAUUGGCACAGCGACGCGUUGCAGAACAAUAUUUUGCAGCAACAACAACAACAUCAACGUCGCCGGCGACGAGCCCAACAACAACAACAUCGCCAGCGCCAAAAACAACAACCACCACAACAACGGCGCGUAUGCGGACAACGUCUGAGAGAACAGUGAAAGCGUCUCCAACGUCCGGAGGAAAUCAUAAAAACGGACAAACUGAUGACAAUCGGAAUACUGGCUUCCAUUCCAUUAUUUACAAGGAGUCGCAUGUCGACGAUGCUUACAAGGACGUGCGUGAAGGGCAUGUUGGUGGUUGCGGCAUCACCGAGGAAGUUUCCCAAUGGAUGGAGAGCAUACAAAAUUCUGCCGUCGAAGAGUUGCCAGAACCGAUGUCGAAGGACGAUGUUAGCCAACAAAAGCAACAGCACAAAUUAAUCAAACCGAACAGCGCGCGAAUGACACAAACGCAAGAUGCUGCAGAACAAGCCGGAGAUAAUGCUGCACAGCCGACAAGCAAGAAGCAUAAAAAACCUACUGCCGCAUCAGCAACAGCAACAGGCGGAACAAACGCGCAACAGCGUCCACCGAAAAAAUACUCAAGUCCUACAACAGCCUCAACGACGUCGUCGUUGCCAACAGCGGGCGGCAACUCAAGGACAGCCAGCAGCAUCGUUGGCGAGGAUGACUUCAAAUAUCCUUAUCAAAAAUACUCCAAAGCUGCAAAUUUUCGCUUCGAUGACGACGGUGACGCGUGGCGGCCAUUUUCGCCGAAGGCACAAUCCGAUGAUAUUUAUGGCCUGCCAAGCGGCAGCGGUAGCGGCUACUCUGGCGCAUUUUAUGACCCGGAAACAGGGCGCAAGUAUACGCCGCAAAACAUGGAUCGUGACGAAUGGCAUGCGAAGGUGCAUGAACGUGUGCGUCGCGCUACCGCCGCUAAUCCGAAUGAGAACAAGAAUACCUGUUCACUGUACAUACAAACGGAUCCGUUGAUUUGGCGGCACAUACGCGAAGGAAUUGCUGAUCAUGAUCGUGGCCGCAAAUAUGAGGUUGACGUAAAGACGCGUGAAGAGAUCACUUCAUUAAUCGCACAUCAUGUAACUGCCGUUAAUUAUAUAUAUCGCAAUACGAAAUUCGAUGGACGUAGCGAGCACCGCAACAUACGAUUUGAGGUGCAACGCAUAAAAAUCGAUGACGACUCCGCUUGUCGCAAUUCAUACAAUGGUCCGCACAAUGCCUUCUGCAAUGAGCACAUGGAUGUGUCGAACUUUUUGAAUUUGCAUUCGCUGGAGGAUCACUCUGACUUUUGUUUAGCCUAUGUGUUCACUUAUAGAGACUUUACCGGCGGCACGCUGGGCCUAGCUUGGGUAGCCAGCGCCUCUGGUGCUUCGGGUGGCAUUUGUGAGAAAUUCAAGACUUACACCGAAACCGUCGGUGGGCAAUAUCAAAGCACAAAACGCUCGUUAAAUACGGGUAUCAUAACAUUCGUCAACUAUAAUAGUCGUGUGCCGCCGAAGGUGUCACAACUGACGCUGGCGCACGAGAUCGGUCACAAUUUCGGAUCACCGCACGACUAUCCGCUGGAAUGUCGUCCUGGCGGUCUCAACGGAAACUUUAUUAUGUUUGCUAGCGCGACCUCUGGCGAUAGACCGAAUAAUUCCAAAUUCUCACCGUGUUCCAUACGCAAUAUCUCCAAUGUACUCGAUGUUUUGGUGGGCAAUACGAAACGUGACUGCUUCAAGGUAUCGGAGGGCGCUUUCUGUGGAAACAAGAUCGUCGAAUCCGGCGAAGAGUGCGAUUGUGGUUUCAACGAGGAGGAAUGCAAGGACAUUUGCUGCUAUCCACGUAUCAUCAGCGAAUACGACCUAUCGAUGAACAGUUCGGCGAAGGGUUGCACGCGUCGCGCCAAAACGGAAUGCUCACCAUCACAGGGACCUUGUUGUCUGUCGAACUCAUGCCAGUUUGUGCCAUCGAACAACCACCAGAAAUGCAAAGAAGAGACGGAAUGUUCCUGGUCGAGCACAUGCAAUGGCACCACAGCCGAGUGUCCGGAGCCAAAGCCGCGUGAUGAUAAAACAAAAUGCAACAACGGCACUGCGCUCUGCAUACGCGGUGAAUGCUCUGGCAGUAUUUGUCUGCUAUGGAAUAUGACCGAGUGUUUCCUCACCUCGCAGGCGGUGCCGCAUGUUGACAAGCGUCGCUUGUGCGAACUCGCCUGCCAGAAUGGCAAUGAUACUGGCACCUGCCGUAGUACUAGUGAAUUCGCGCAUCAAUUUGGACUGCCAGAGGGUGGCAUUAACCUGCGGCCUGGUUCACCAUGCGACAACUUCCAGGGCUAUUGUGAUGUAUUUCUCAAAUGUCGCGCCGUUGACGCGGAUGGACCGCUGGUGCGACUGAAGAAUUUAUUGCUGAAUCGCGAAACUUUACUGACCGUUGCGCAGUGGGUCACCGAGUAUUGGUACUAUGUAGUUAUAAUGGGCGUUGGCUUUAUAAUUGUGAUGGGCAUAUUCAUUAAGUGCUGCGCCGUGCACACGCCCAGCUCGAAUCCGAAGAAGCGUCGCGCGCGUCGCAUUAGCGAAACAUUACGCGCGCCUAUGAAUACGCUACGCCGCAUGCAGCGUCAUCACCAAGGGCGCGGUGCCGGACCACGCAGCAUACCACCGCCUGCGCACGAACAACGCGGCGGCGUGGCGACCAACAGCCAUCAUCGCAGCGCGCAUCCGCAUCAUUGGGACCGUCAUCAGGGUGGUCACUCCGUGGUGCCACUGCCUACCGGCGGUCCACAACACAGUCACCAUCACGCUUCAGGGCGUACAUCAGCAAGCGGCGCAACAGCUGCAGCAGCAAGCGGGCGUGCGCCAGCUAAUGGACGUGGCUCGCGGCCGUCAACGCGCCCCACGAGCGGUACACGCAGCACAACACAUGGCGGGUAUGCAGAUGUGCCGCCACCUGGUCUUAUAGUCGGUGGUGUAGCCACUGGCGUCAGUAGUGGUGGUGGUGUUGGUGUUGGAGUUAGUGGUGGUGUGCCCAAUGGUGCGCUGUUAGUUAGCGGUGGUAGUGGCGGCGGCGUUGGUGGAGGGCCCAGCGCUGGUGUGAUAGCACGUCAGCAAAUGCCGUUGCCACUGCCGCCAACCGGCGCGGUACAAGCGCAACAACAACAACAGCAACAACAAGUGCAGGCAACGCUCUCGCAAGCAUAUUAUGCGCCGCCGAAAGCCGUCGUUCCGCAACCAGCAAAUUAUAAUCGGCCGCCAUCGCUGCAUAAUCCCGAGCUGUAUGCGGAUGCCUAUGCCGCGCUGGGGCGGGGGGCGUAUGAGGCGACCACACGCCCACCCAACAGCAAAGUUUGACAGCAGCAACGGCAGUCAGCAGAGCAGCAGCAGCAGCAGAAGCAGCAACAGCAAAAAUCAACAGCAACAAAAACCA